CAUAUAUUUGUUAAGUUUUUUAAAUCGUUUACUUUUAAUACGCGUGUGUCCGAAUAAGUGAAGAGUAUUAAGAAUAAAGUGAAAAAUGAGUGAUGAUACGAGCGCUGUGGGCGGGGCAAGUGCCCCUUUUCCAUCGCCAGUUACUGCGGACCCGGAACCAGGAGCCACUGCCUCCAAAUUACCGGGUCCCGUCAGAUCCAAUAUUCCCACGCCCGCAACUUCUGGUACCGGAAUCCCGCAGCCCAGCAAAAUGAAGGCGCCAUCUAGUUUUGGAUCGACGGGUUCUGUUUCCAAAAUCGGAAGACCGUGCUGCAAUCACACAACGCCCAAAUCCGGUCCACCACCAAGAGAAGCCGCCAGCAUGAGUCGUGAAAGCGAUGACAAUUUAAGUUCGAUCAAUUCGGCUUAUACAGAUCUCUAUCAAGAGACUGUCAGGCGCUUUACGCGAUCUUCGCUCUCACCCACAUCCGACUGGGAUCGCUUUUCGCCCGCUAGACGCUCGCUAAAAUCGGAGGCUGGAAGUCGCGCAUCUUAUGAUUAUUAUCUAGAAGCCACUGGGCGGCGUCGCAGCUCAGAUAACAGCAGCGCCGUUCUGACAGCAAACACAGAGCAGUUCAUCAUUGGCCAGAGGGUUUGGCUGGGUGGCACUCGUCCCGGACAGAUUGCCUUCAUUGGAGACACACACUUUGCUGCCGGCGAAUGGGCUGGUGUUGUCCUGGACGAGCCCAAUGGUAAAAACGAUGGCUGUGUGUCGGGCAAAAGGUACUUCCAGUGCGAGCCGAAACGAGGCAUUUUCUCACGCCUCACACGUCUUACCACAUAUCCCAUGGCCGGUGCCCAGACGCCGACCUCUCCAUUGGCCAAAAACUCCCCAGAGAGAUCGCGCACGGUUUCCCCAACUGCGAGUAUUCGCAGCUCUAUGCUUCGCAGUCCCGGCAUUGGAGGCAAGAAUGGAAUGGCUGUGGGUGAUCGUGUGAUUGUCUCCUCUGGAUUUGGCAGUCGUCCUGGUAUCUUACGCUAUUUGGGAGAGACACAGUUUGCUCCCGGCAACUGGUGCGGUGUCGAAUUGGAUGAGCCUAGCGGUAAAAACGAUGGAACUGUGGAUGAUAUCAGAUACUUUGAGUGCAAGCCCAAGUACGGUGUGUUUGUACCUAUUGCGAAGGUUUCACUGUCGCCGUCGUCCAAGAAGACGCGUCUUUCCCGGACCGGAUCAAGGGAGUCGCUCACCUCGAUUGGCACCAUGAACAGCAUCGCCACCACGGCCACGUCGCGCAUGCGCAUGAAUGCUCAGCAGCGCAAGUCGAGCACGCCCGUUAAGCCAAUUUUAGCGACGCCGAAAAGUCAAUUUUCCAUGCAGGAUCUGCUGCGCGAGAAGCAACAGCAUGUGGAGAAGCUGAUGGUGGAGCGCGACCUGGACCGCGAGGAUGCCCAGAACCAGGCGCUGCAGCUGCAGAAGAACAUCAACGAGCUAAAAGCAAGAAUCGUUGAAUUGGAGUCGGCAUUGGGUGAUGAACGAAAGAAAACUGAAGAAUUGCAGUGCUCCAUAGAUGAAGCCCAGUUUUGUGGCGAUGAAAUGAAUGCUCAGUCCCAGGUUUACAAGGAAAAGAUCCAUGAUCUGGAGUCAAAAAUCACAAAACUGGUGUCCGCCACGCCAAGUCUACAAAGUAUACUACCACCCGAUCAGCCUUCAGGCGAUGGUGUUUUGCACGAGGAAAUUGCCCAGCUGCAGGAAAAGAUGACCAUUCAGCAGAAGGAGGUUGAGUCUCGGAUUGCGGAACAGCUGGAGGAGGAGCAGCGGUUGAGGGAAAAUGUGAAGUACCUCAAUGAGCAAAUCGCCACUCUACAGUCCGAGUUGGUGUCCAAAGAUGAGGCCCUGGAGAAAUUCUCCCUCUCGGAGUGUGGUAUCGAGAAUCUCCGAAGGGAACUCACACUUCUCAAGGAGGAGAACGAAAAGCAAGCUGAGGAGGCUCAGGCUGAGUUCACCCGAAAACUAGCCGAAAAAUCCGUAGAGGUGUUAAGAUUAAGCUCUGAAUUGCAGAGCUUGAAAGCAGCAUCCGAUUCCCUGGAAAGCGAAAGGGUUAACAAAACCGACGAAUGUGAAAUUCUUCAAACCGAAGUCCGAAUGCGGGAUGAGCAAAUCAGAGAGCUAACCCAGCAACUCGAUGAGGUUACCACACAACUAAAUGUACAAAAAGCUGAUAGUUCUGCACUGGAUGAUAUGCUUCGAUUGCAAAAGGAGGGUACCGAAGAAAAAUCGACUCUUUUAGAGAAAACCGAAAAGGAGCUAGUUCAAAUCAAAGAAGAAGCUGCGAAAACUCGACAGGAAAAGGAACAACUUAAAAAACAGAUAUCAGAUUUAAAGCAAUUGGCGGAACAGGAAAAACUAGUCAGGGAAAAGACUGAUAAUGCAAUCAAUCAAAUACAACUAGAUAAAGAAUCCAUUGAACAGCAAUUGACUUUAAAACAAAACGAACUUGAGGACUUCCAAAAAAAACAGUCAGAAUCGGAAGUUCAUCUUCAGAAAAUCAAAGCUCAGAAUACGCAGAAGGAUUUAGAAUUAGUUGAAUCUGGUGAGUCCCUUAAAAAACUGCAACAGCAAUUAGAGGAGAAAACUCUAGGUCAUGAAAAACUCCAAACUGCUUUGGAAGAACUAAAGAAUGAAAAGGAAGCGAUCAUAAAGCAAAAGGAGCAGGAGCUCCAGCAGCUCCUAAGCAAGUCAGCUGAAUUCGAAAGAGCUUUAAAGGUCGUACAAGUACAACUAGAGCAACUCCAGCAACAGGCAGCCGAAUCUGGAGAAGAGGGAUCCAAAACUGUGGCCAAAUUGCACGAAGAGAUUAGUCAGCUUAAGUCCCAGGCUGAAGAAACUCAGUCCGAGUUAAAAUCCACCCAAUCAAACUUGGAAAAGAAAAACAAACAAUUGGAGGCAGCAAAUGGCAGCCUAGAAGAGGAAACCAAGAAGUCAGGCAAUUUGCGGGAACAGAUUACCAAACUUAAAUCUGAAGUGAAGGAGACGCAGGCAGCUCUUAGUUCAUGUCAUACGGAUGUGGAAUCCAAAACUAAGCAACUUGAAGCCGCAAAUGCAGCUCUUGAAAAGGUCAACAAGGAAUACGCGGAAUCCCGAGCGGAGGCUUCUGAUCUGCAAGAUAAGGUGAAGGAGAUCACCGAUACGCUACAUGCUGAGCUUCAAGCUGAACGAUCGUCCUCCAGCGCUCUCCACACUAAGCUGUCCAAGUUCUCGGAUGAAAUAGCUACCGGCCACAAGGAACUGACCAGCAAAGCCGAUGCCUGGAGCAAGGAGAUGCUGCAAAAAGAGAAGGAACUACAGGAGCUGCGACAGCAACUUCAAGAUAGUCAAGACUCUCAAACAAAGCUGAAAGCAGAGGGAGAGCGGAAAGAAAAGUCUUUCGAGGAAUCUAUAAAAAAUCUUCAUGAAGAAGUCAAUAAGGCCAAGACGGAGAAUCUAGAACUGAGGACUGGCACACAGACGACCAUAAAGGACCUGCAGGAGCGACUGGAAAUCACCAAUGCUGAGCUCCAGCACAAGGAAAAAAUGGCAACCGAAGAUGCGCAGAAGAUUGCUGACCUUAAGACCCUUGUGGAAGCCAUCCAGGUGGCUAAUGCCAAUAUAUCAGCUACAAAUGCGGAGCUCUCCACUGUAUUGGAAGUUCUUCAGGCGGAGAAGAGUGAAACGAAUCACAUCUUCGAGCUCUUUGAAAUGGAAGCUGAUAUGAAUUCAGAGCGGUUGAUCGAAAAAGUUACUGGGAUUAAGGAGGAACUAAAGGAAACCCAUCUGCAACUGGAAGAGCGACAGAAAAAGAUCGAGGAGCUGGAGGAGAAAUUGAAGCAAACUCAGCAAAGUGAACAAAAAGUGCAACAGGAGUCUCAGACUUACAAGGAGCAACUUGCGGAAUUACACCAAUCCUUGCAAGAACUUCAAGAUUCUGUAAAGCAAAAGGAAGAACUUGUCCAGAACUUGGAAGAAAAGGUUAGGGAAAGCAGUUCCAUCAUAGAAGGCCAGAACACGAAAUUAAAUGAAAGUAAUGUUCAGCUGGAAAACCAAACUUCUUGCUUAAAGGAAACCCAAGAUCAAUUGCUAGAGUCACAGAAGAAGGAGAAAAAAUUGCAGGAAGAGGCUGCCAAACUAUCCGGUGAGCUGCAGCAAGUACAAGAGGCCAAUGGAGACAUAAAGGAUUCCCUAGUAAAAGUUGAGGAACUAGUAAAGGUGUUGGAGGAAAAACUCCAAGCAGCCACCUCCCAGUUGGAGUCCCAACAAGCCACAAAUAAGAAACUCCAGGAGUUGCUGGUUAAAUCUCAAGAAAACGAGGGAAAUCUGCAAGGAGAAUCUCUGGCAGUCACAGAGAAACUACAUCAACUGGAGCAGGCCAAUGGGGAGCUUAAAGAGGCUUUGUGCCAAAAAGAGAAUGGCCUUAAAGAACUUGAGGGUAAACUUAAUGAAAGUAAUACUUUAUUAGAAAGUCAAAAGAAGAGCCACAACGAAAUUCAGGAUAAGUUAGAAAAGGCCCAGCAAAAGGAAAGGAAUCUUCAAGAGGAAACGUCCAAGUUGGCGGAGCAACUGAGCCAAUUAAAGCAGGCUAAUGAGGAGCUCCAGAAAUCCCUUCAGCAAAAGCAGUUACUUUUGGAAAAGGGUAAUGAAUUCGACACCCAGCUGGCAGAAUAUCAGAAAGUCAUUGAUGAGAUGGAUGAUGCGGCUUCCGUUAAAUCCAAGCUGCUGGAACAGCUACAAAAUAGAGUUGCGGAACUAGAGGCCGCACUCCGUCAAGCCAACGAUGCCCAAAAGACUGCUUAUCUGGAGGCUAAGGAACUGAGGCGUCAGCUGGAAUCGCUGGAACUGGAGAAGUCUAAGGAGGUUCUGAGCCUUAAGGCUCAGAUGAAUGGUGCGAACAGUAGGAUCGGACAGGGAGAUGAAGUGGAGUCAAUGGACACCGAAACCAGUCUUGCCAAGAUCAACUUCCUGAACUCGAUUAUUGCUGACAUGCAGCAGAAGAAUGAUGCACUCAAGGCUAAGGUGCAGACCCUUGAAACCUUGCCAAUGGAUUUCACCAAACCGCAUGCCUUCGAUGCCCUGACAAGGCGGAAACCGGCUCCCAGACUUUUCUGCGACAUCUGCGAUGAGUUUGAUCGGCACGAUACGGAGGAUUGCCCAAUCCAGGGUAGCGAGGAUCAAGACUAUACCACACCAUCAACCGAGUCGAAUAACAACGAUAAGGAGCGGAAGCUGCCGGCACCCAGGAAAUACUGUGAUUCCUGCGAGGUUUUUGGCCACGAUACGAGCGAAUGUGCCGAUGAUGAAACCUAUUAGCUCUAGUUAAAUCCUAUUAUUUCCGCUUUACUUUGUUUUAGACUCCAUAGCAUAACCAUAUUGCGAGAUCUAUCAGAUGAGAUACUUUUACCUCAGCAGAGCUUCACUCAAUCACACAAAAUUUCUAUACUUAAAAUUGUGAUCUUGCGUUAUGCACACAUCCAUGGAUAGUAGUCUAUUUUAAAUUGUUUUUAUUUAUUGAAUGCGAUUCGUGGCAAACACACAAUCGGUUGUUUUCGUAAUUUUUGAGUGUAAACAUAGUGUAAAAAAUAAAAUCAAGAACGUGGAAGAAGAA